UACUUUCUCUUUAUAAGAGUGUUUUCCAUAUUUCUAAAUAUACCACCUUAUUUUUUUUAUUACCAAAAAUACAUACUCUCUUCUUUGUUCUUAAAAACCCUAAUUUCUUUUUUUCUUUUCUUCUUCCAUUAAUGUCCACCACCUAUCAUCAAACUUCAUUUUUCAAAGCACACAACAACCAUUCUUCUACCGCCGCCGCCGCUCGUCCCCUCCACGCCGCCGCUGAUGUGCCUCCACGUCCACGCCGCCGCCGCUGUACCCUCCACGUCCACGCCGCCGCCGUUGUUCCCUCUCGCUCAAGCCGCCGCUACUGCCCCUCCACGACCACGCCGUCGCUGCUAUCUCCUCCACUCCGCUGCUAUUUGAGUAUGGUCAGGAGCGGAGCCCAUGUGAAACUUGCCCAGCUAAAGUUUUCAAAGGGCCCAUUAUCUCAAAUCAAACCAACAAAAAAUCCACACGUGUGAGUACGUCUGGAUUGUUUGCAAGUAGCUGACCAGACAUUUUAUCCAUGUGGAGGUCCCCCUUUUAAAGGUUAAGCCGUAUCAUCAACGAAACUAUAGUACUCCUGUAAGACAUGUUCCACUGCUCUCACGCCACGUUUCACUUUUUUAUUUGGUCGUGAUGCAGAAUUAAUGGAAGCUCAGAGUUGACAUUUGACUUUAACAUUUAACAUUCUGAUUUGAGCCAAUAGAAGUGCGGCAUUUUGAGAGGCUCAGGUAGUCUUUAUUCCACCGGAUUUAAGUUAGCAACUAUAAAUCCCGCCGUCUUAUCCGUACGGUAUAUACGGAGCAUUUUAACCUGCUUAGACAGUUGCCGGUAACCUUUGGAAAUGAAAUAGAAUACUAUCCCACGCUCUUGCCCUUUGUUAACUAAUUUCCGGAGUUGGUCACCAGUCAUCAACUUUAAUUUCUUUUAAACGUGGCCGAAUGCCUGAAAAACUUGGCAACGGAAGGAGAAACCACACAUGUGAAACAGUAUGUUAUAGAUUAUGAAAAGAAGUGACAAAUUUUUUAGAAUACAAAGAAAUUAUUAAACAAAUUUU